AUGACAACUGAAGAAAUUGAUGCAACUAGCGUCGAUGAUUUCGAUCCUUAUCGAGCGACUGGCCUUUGGCACAUUUUGGCAACAAAUCUAAACAUAUGGAAAGACAAACUAACUCCAACAAUCACUUUUAGUAUUCAUGAUCAAUUGUCCGAUGGGCGUGUGCGUCUGAAUGAUCUCGUUGAAUACUAUAGUAAAAGACCUUGUUUUGGUUAUCGUCCAACAAGUGAUGAAGGUAUUGACACACAACUGCCAAGUAAAGCGAGUCGUUUUCAAUGGCGAGGCAAUGGGAUAUACAAAAUCUUCGCAAAUGAUUUCGGUUUUAUAUUUGUCGACAAUCAAACAGCAUCGGAUCGACCUUAUCAAUGGGUGGCAACAAUAUGCAGUUCGACAUUAUUUUCCAGUGGUGGAAUUAAUCUAAUGACACGUACUCGACAACCGCCACCACACAUUUUAAAUGAUUUUGUGCGGUUUUGUCGAGAAAAUCCAAUACUAAAAGCAAAAUCUCUGAAUAUGUAUUAUACGCGAGAAAAAUCCGAAGAUGAAGUAUACUAUAUACGAGAUCUUCAAAUAGAUUAG